UACUAUGUGUAUUUAAUCAUUGAUAUUUUCAUCAAUACAUAGGUUGUGUUUGGGUGUCUCCUGUUUCCUGGUCUACAGACAUGAAGUGUGUGAUCCUCUUGGCCAUUUUGACUGGAGUUUUCGCUGCUCCUUUUGUGAAGGAGGAUCAAGCAAAACGUUUCAUUCGACUGAGGAGACAGGUGGGCUACUGGGACCCGAACCACUCUCAGAACCAGUGGGGCUACACCAUCCAGGAGCAGGCUAAUGAGUACUGGACCGCCCUCCGAACAGAUGCUCAGUAUUACAUGGACAUGGGCAACAUGAUGUUUGACCAGUCUGUGGCCAAUGAAAACAACAGGCUCUAUAUGGAAAUGUUACGCAACGCACGAGCUCACCUGGACAGCCAGACCGGGCGUCACAGAUAGGAAAUGAAUAAGGCUGCAGUGACAUGAAAACGUGGACGAAAACAACUUCAAAAUAAAACUCAGAUAUUUACGCAAAUGUGAUGUAAACUAUGGAGUAACCAGCAAUACAUAAACUAUAUUACAUUAAAAUAAUAUGCUGAGCUUCAACUAUGGAAUGUUUUAUUCUCUUAGUGAUGAUUUCAAAGAAAAAAAAAGAGCUUUGCUGAAUGUGUCACGCAUGGAAAUAUUACAUUUUAUUAAAAUA